CUAAAGAGCCUGGAGCCCCACUUGGGCCCGUUCCCCGACUGCCUCCCUGACUGACUCCCGGGGCCCUUGGCCCUGUUGGCUCAAACACUAAGGGCACCUGGACGUGCUACCAGCCCCAGCCUCCGAGGGGGUCCUGGGCUCUUCCGGGCCCCCUGGGGGGUGCAGCAACCCUUUCUACCCUCUGCCCUCUGCUGGAGGUGGGGCUAGAGAAAUGGGCUGUCACCCACCCCAUCAGGAGGGGAAACCCAGGCUCCAGGAGUGGGGUGGCCCAUUCGACUUUGCCCCUCAACACGCACCCUGCCACCCGCACCCCACCCUGCGAGCUCUCCUCAGCUCUCAAAGGUCGCUCCUGUGACUUAAGUUAUUCUUCCCGACAGGAAGUGGUUUAUGAGCGGAGAGGGGCUCCAUGGACUGCCCAGACUGUGAAAUAAACGGUUCCAUUCCAGUUUGCCUGUGUGGUGUGUGCUGUGGUGUGAGUGUCCCUGUCCCCCAACCCUGCCACCUCCCCUCAGCCUUGACCUUCAGCCUUGACUGUCAUCUUCCUGUGCCCACUUAGAUAGAAGCUGUUUCCCAGGCUCCCCGAGUUAGGAACACCUCUUGUCUUCCUUGGGUCUCUCCCAGUCAGGCCUCCAAGGGUGUUCAGAGCCAGCAUCCAGGCCCACCUGCCUCAUGGCUGAGGGGAGGGAGAGCCCCACUUGCCAGAGGGGAUGAGACCAGAGAGGGCAGGGAGCUCAGGCACCAUCACACAGCGAGUGAGCAAGGCCAGGGUGUGUGCAACUCAGGAUUUGUGGUGCCCUGUCUCCAGCAUGCAGGGGAGCUGGAUGGGCGGCAGCAGGUGUGGGAGCCACAGCCCUUGGGAUGCAGGUCUGAGGGGCUCAGGGUAGAGAAGGGGCCUGAGAAUAGUGAUGAGUGGGCGUGUUCUGCCUGCAGGCGCUGGGGAUUGUCAGGGCCAGGGGUAUCGGGGAGUGCACUGCACAGCUCCAACCCCAGUAGGGUGGGCACUGCCCAGUAAGGCAGGUGGGAGGGCAGCAGUCCCCCAGAGCCAAGGAUCCCCCCUGGCCUGGAAAAGUCUUGUUCUCAAGGAGAAGGUGACCUAGGGGAGUGGCCGUCCACGCGUGCCCACCAGUCCACGGCUCAGAGGGGUAAAUAAUUGAAGGGCAGGUCACAUGAACCUACCCGCGUCACAGGAUGCCUUCCCUGCCGGCUCUGGUUACGCCCCAUAUCGCGUUCUGACAUCCCUGGCUGGUGAAUAAUUAAGCUGCCACCUCCUCCUCGGCCGGCGCUCCCAUCUCCAGGUCCCACUCUGCAGCCUCCUUCACUGCCCACUGAGCAGCGGGCCCUGGAGUGUACAGCCCCCAGUGCUCCCAGCCCUGACGUCACCACCAGCCUCCUGCUCAGCGCCCGGGUGCACCCACUCCAUGGCCCCCGAAAUGGACCAGUUCUACAGGUCCACCAUGGCCAUCUACAAGAGCAUCAUGGAGCAGUUUAACCCCGCCCUGGAGAACCUGGUGUACCUGGGGAACAACUACCUCCGGGCCUUCCAUGCUCUGUCCGAGGCAGCUGAAGUGUACUUCAAUGCCAUCCAGAAGAUCGGGGAGCAGGCCCUGCAGAGCUCCACCUCGCAGAUUCUGGGUGAGAUUUUGGUGCAGAUGUCCGACACCCAGCGGCACUUGAACUCUGACCUAGAGGUGGUGGUGCAGACAUUCCAUGGAGACCUGCUGCAGCACAUGGAGAAGAACACCAAGCUGGACAUGCAGUUCAUCAAAGACAGCCGCCAGCACUACGAGCUGGAGUACCGCCACCGAGCUGCCAACCUGGAGAAGCACAUGUCAGAGCUGUGGCGUAUGGAGCGCAAGAGAGACAAGAAUGCUCGGGAGAUGAAGGAGAGCGUGAACCGGCUGCACGCGCAGAUGCAGGCCUUUGUGUCUGAGAGUCAGCGGGCGGCAGAACUGGAAGAGAAGCGGCGCUAUCGCUUCCUGGCUGAGAAGCACCUGCUGCUUUCCAACACCUUCCUGCAGUUUUUUGGCCGGGCCCGGGGGAUACUCCAGAACCGCGUGCUGCUGUGGAAAGAGCAGUCGGAGGCCAGCCGCAGCCCGUCGCGCGCCCACUCCCCUGGCCUGCUGGGCCCGGUGCUGGGGCCACCCUACCCCUCGGGCCGCUUGACGCCCACCCGCCUGGAUAUGCCCCAGAGGCCUCUGGGAGAGUUCGGCCCCCCCCGCAGCCGGCAUGGCUCCGGCUCCUACGGCCCCGAGCCCACCGAGGCGAGGCCCGCGUCCCAGCUGGAGCCAGACCGCCGGUCCCUGCCCCGGACGCCGUCUGCCUCCUCGCUCAACAGCAGCAGCACCCAGCGCUCGCGCUCCAACUCCUUCGGCGAGCGCCCAGGCGGCGGGGGUGGCGGCGGCGCCCGGAGAGUCCGUGCCCUGGUUUCCCACUCGGAGGGUGCCAACCACACACUGCUGCGCUUCUCAGCCGGAGAUGUCGUGGAGGUGCUGGUGCCUGAGGCCCAGAACGGCUGGCUCUAUGGCAAGCUGCAGGGCUCAUCCACGAGUGGCUGGUUUCCUGAGGCCUAUGUGAAGCCUUUGGAGGAGCUGCCCAUGAAUUCCAUGAACCCCUUGAACCCUGUGACCUCCAUGAACCCCUUGAACCCGGUGACCUCCAUGAAUCCCAUGAGCCCUAUGAAUGAGCUGCCUUCCAGGUCCUACCCACUCCGGGGCAGCCACAGUCUAGAUGACCUCCUGGACCGGCCGGGCAACUCCACAGCAUCCUCAGAGUACUGGGAUGGCCAAUCCCACCCCCGAACCCCGAGCCGGGUCCCGAGCCGCACCCCCAGCCCUGCACCUACACCCUUGCCUGGCAAUCGCCGAAAUAGCAUGGGCAGCAUGGCAGUGGCCAGUGACGUCAAGGGGCACGAACCCCUUUGCCACCGUAAAGCUGCGUCCCACUGUCACCAAUGACCGCUCAGCACCCCUCAUCCGCUGAGGCACCUUCCUUCACCGGGGGUCUGAGGUCACCCCCCACACACCUGCCCAGGGGCUGCCCAGAGCUGGCGGCAGCAGAGGCAGCAGCAGUGGAUCCGAGAAGCCGGGCCCUGAUACGGGGCAGGGGGGUGGCUGCUCUUCCCCGAAACACACUCCAGCCUGAGCAGUUCCAAGGCCUGGGGUCUGGGCCUUCAAAAUAAAGCAGGCGGAAUUGGAAGACGAAGAACCAUUAUUCCCCUCCAGGGGGCCGCGGACGCUCCCUGGAGGCCUAUGUCAUGCCCCCCAACUUCUUUCCCCCUUCUCUGUCCCAGUGGGGAGGAGCCCUUUGCACACCCUCUCCCCUGCCCUGCACCCCGUCCCCUGUUUAACUUUUGUAAACGGCGAAAAAUAAAGCAAGUGAGACAUGGCAGUGGGAUUGGUGGAGUCUGAUUUGAGGGAUAGGGUGGGACAGGUUGGGGAUGGAGACCUCCCACCAGAGAAAGGAAUCCAGGAUGUCCUGAAAGUCAUUGGCGGUUCCCUGGGACGCCUCACCCACUCCCAGCCCCCUACAUCCCUCAUUUUAAGCAAGUCUUUAGGUCUGCCCUAACUCCUGCAAACUGGAUCCCCCAUCUCUGGCCCAGGCUCAUUUCUGCUGUGGGUUCCCCAGGAAAUAGUGGCCUCUUCUCCAGAGGGGGAGAGGUGGCAGUGGCUGAAGUCCGGGACCACCAGCAAGUCACCCUCUAGCACCCUGGGACACAGCACCCUUUGUUCUGGCCCCUCCCCGCCCCCUCAGUCCCAGGCU